AUGGCCGAAUCCCAUCAGCUGGAGCCACUAUUUGGCGGCAACACGCGCCGGUACCAGAGAGCACGACGACAUUCCAGCUCCAGCUCUUCUUCAGCCGGAGGUCUCCCCGACAUGAUCCAAUUCCCGGGCUCCGUGCUCGACUAUCAUGCCCAAGAGACAGCUGAUGACAGUAACUCCUCGACCACGACCGAACACACCCAACCCGAGCCGACUCUCGAACCCAACGAUCCCCAUGAAAACUGUCAGACGGGUAUUGGCGCGACAUGGCAUCCAUUUUGGUUGAAACCGACCAUAUUUGGUAGCUUCUGUGGAUUGUUUCUGUGCUUCGCAAAAGCAUUGCCAUUAAUGCUGUUGUAUUCCAAGCGCAAUGACGGUCUCUUUGAAUCUAGCCCAAACUUUGUGUAUGUGUGGAGGUUCAGCCCGACUGCCCUUCUCACCACAAUCAUCAUCUUCUGGUCUCGUAUCGAGUCACAAACGCUCAGAUAUACCCCUUGGAUCGCAAUCCAGAAUGGACAGUCUCUGGGGCCAGAUGGAUACAGUUUGAACUACACUUCAAUGCUGGCUCCGACAGUCUUGAUCCGGUCUUUGCAGCGAAAACACUUUUUCGUGUUUCUUAUUUCUGCAGCUUCUAUGAUCUUAAAGGCUCAGAUUGUUCUUGCUCCAAGUCUUUUUCAGCUGCAGACUACCAGAAGCUCGCACCCUGUUGAAGUACAAGUCUUGGACUCGUUUACAAUGACCGAGGAUGCCAGCCAUACCAUCGGCAGUGAUGCAUAUCAUAACGCCCGAGCCCUUCAAUAUUUCGACAUGAAGUUACCUUUCGGUGUUUCAAAAGACGGCGCAUAUCAAACCUUUAAGUUGGCGAAGCCAGGGCCAGGUGCUACAAGUCGUGGUACGGUCAAUGCACCUUUAACAGUUGUUGUGGAUGCGGUGAUUAUGGAUAUUCAAUGUCAUGCAUUGGAAAACUACACAACUACUGCAACGCCAGCAGGUUUUGAGACUUUUUAUAUCUUUACAACUGAUCUCCAGUUCGAGAAUUGCGAACACUCAAUCAACAUCGAAAGCUACAUAGCAGCCAACGCCACAGGCGAAUGGAAGAUUGAGAACGAUCUCGAACAUGAGCACCCUUGUUCAUCGCUUCCCAAACGACAUCCCAGUUUUCUAUACUUCGCAGGGUAUUUUCAACCAUCCACCCAGGACCCCUCUGUACCACAUUUGGGGACCUGUGCAGCUCUGGUCUGCUCGCCAAUCGCAUGGAUUUCAAAAGCCGAAAUUGUCGACGAUGGAAUCAAUCCCCAGAUGACCAUGUUGACAAAUCAGCACAACAUUACAAUCGACUCAAAUCCUUGGACUAUGCUACAAGUCUCUAUACCUGGUGGAUUAGUAUCGCAUGGAGUGUCCAGACCAGUGCAUGGGCCUGUGGAAGCAGCUUUCCAGUUAAAUCACAUGGACACAAGUCUUGGAGAUAAAACAUUGUAUCAGAACAAGGUCCUGAGACAAGCUAUAACCAAUAUUACCCAACAGAUUGGUCCAAUGCUUUCUCAUUACGACCUCCGACAAGCAAAUGAGAGCCAAAUAAUGGGAUUGAUUGUCAGGGAGACAUACAAACUCCAUGUGAGCGACUUGACCUGCUCUCUAGUAACUGGUCUUUUUCUUCUUCUUUUAGGUAUCUCAUUCUGGGCAUUGGUUCAGUCUAGGAGAGCACCCUGCGUCUGGUACCGGGACCCGGCUACGGUGCUGGGCAAUAUGAUCUUCUUUCAUAGCAAUACCGAUCCCGCCACUGAUCUCAUGGAGUCCUUGUCAGAGCAAAGGGAAAUGAGAAAGACUGAGUGGGUACAGUCUUCUUAUUCGCCACUUGCUUUAAGGACUUGGGCUCGUGCCCUCUUCGUUAUCUUCGCCCUUGGCCUUAUCGUCGGUUCUGUAAUUGCACUUGAUAUAUCAGAGAGAUCCCAGGGGCUAGCGACAAUCCAUGAGGAAGGUUAUUUACUUCUGCUAUGGACAUCACUGCCUACUUUGGGGAUGCUCAGUGUUUCUUUAUACAUCAGUUCGACUGAUACUGCGAUACGCGAUCUAUCCACACUCUCCAGCCUCUCUCUCAGAUCUUGCAAUUCACGAGACCUCGAUAUAUCAUUGUCGGAUAUGAUCGGAUUCCGAGCCCUUUAUCAUUCAAUCAAGCUGAAAGUUUAUGCUGUUACUCUAUCUCAGCUUCUUGCUACAAUUUGCGGCUUCUUGACAACAAUAGCAGCUGUUCUUUUUACAACAGAACUUGUCCCAGAAACAACAUCCAUACAGUUUCAACAGGAAAGCUGGUUUGGCUCUCGACCAGGACCAACAGAUCCUGACGAUCAACUGGCUACUAGACAGGACCUGAGUAGUUUACUUUUGGUAUGGCGCCUAUCAAACCUUACAUAUCCACAACACACCUACGCCGACCUACUCUUCCCCGCCCUCAGCAUCAAUGAUACAGAUUGGAAUGCCAACACCUCAAUUCAAGUUCGAAUUCCUGCUGCAAAAAUACCACCAAAAUGCGUUCAAUUGUCAGAUGCGGAUUUUGAGACGUCAAUCGGGAAUAACUGGAUGGGUACUCCCACCGUUGUCAUCAGGCAGUCCUUCACAUGCCCGAAUGGCUCCAUCAAGUCUGUUAAUACUAACCAUAUCCCACUGUAUGAAUCCACCGGGAAGGAUGACGCCACAGAAGAGAAUGAACGGCCAUACAUUGCAGAAAUUCUUCCGUCUGACACUUCAUUCACUGGCGACGGCAGUUGUGGUAUUACUUUCAGCGGCUAUUCUUUUCCCCCGACCUCGAGAGUGCAGACAUAUGCAUGGGGAAAGUUCUCUUUUUCAACGAUGGAUUUUGACCACCUUUCUGUCUGGCGAUUCAACUACUCAUGGGCUGAGGUUACAGCUGAUGUUAAAUUGAUCUGGACAAAUGAGACGAUCCUGAUAGAUCAUCAGACUAAAGAUCCCCUGGCUAGCACGUUUCCUACACAGUUCGGCUUACUGAUCGAGCCCUUUGGGCCGAUUCAGCUAAGCAAUUUUGGCGAAUCAGCCUAUGACAAUCAGAUCCUUGAUGCGCUUCAUUCCAAUCUUGGUUUUCUUGCUGCCCAGCUUGCAAACAUUGAACAGCGCUUGGGCAUUCAUGAGAAGUCAUCGACAGCUCCUUCAUACCAUGGAGACCUCCUUCCUAUCAAUGCAACGAUCGCAGACAAUGGAAGGCUACGACUAAUUCAAAGUCCGAUCCCAUCAUUUAUCCUCGUGGGGAUUUUGUCUCUAAUUGUUAUUGUCAAUCUAUACGCUCUGGUCUCAACAGCUGUACGACAUCUGUCAAGCGGCCAACGGAGCUGGCUACUUGAUAUGGACCUGAAGGGCCUGGCACCUGAUGGCUUCAACUCCAUCGCGAUGAUAGAAUCUCUGGUUUAUGAUUCAAAUGCUUUGGAAGAUGUACCAGAGGAUGCGCAUUUGAUGCCUCUGGGUGAUCUUCAUGAGUCUCUUGUAGAGAGGCGAUUCCGAAUCGGGUGGUUUCAAGGCGAUGAGACUCAGGCAGAAGUGUUUACUAUUGGGAUGUUAAAUGAUGAGAAUUUUGUAUAUAAGAGAAAGAAGGAAGAUGUUAACGAUGAUUAGGGGAUUCAGGGGGAUAGUGAAGAGAUAGAAGUACAACUAGUUAUGUUUUUGAUGGCAUCAGGGCGGUAUUCGUGGAUACCGUACCAAAAGUUAUGAAGUUUGUAUCCAUAUCUGCCAACGGCCAGUAUUGAUUGCGUCAAGGAGACAAGCCAAUUAGGCCCUUACUCCAGCAUGACAUUAACCAUGAGGACGCGAAUCUCGGCAUCCUUGCGUGGAAAGUAUGGGGUCGAAGACUGAGAGAUCGACAUGGGGAGAAAUGACCAGGCAUCUACAUCUGCCUUCUCGCAUCUACCGCACCUAAAAACUCGACCAUCACACUAAAGUUUCGGUAAGUGUGUAAGAAGAGCUAGUGUAGGGGGAAAAAAUGUAUGAAAACCGUCGGACCGGUUGCGGAGGUACUAAAGUGACCCCUCAC